CAAAACACUAUAUUGGUGGUGGUGAAUUGGUGUGACGAGGGAGCGGGGGCAGCUCACCGUCCUCUCUGAGAACGCAACUCACAUUACACCUCCUCUUUCCCGGGUAGGAAUGAGACCUAUGUUUGCGGAGCUGGGAUGACCUCAAUAUUUUGAACCGUGUUGCUUGUUUUAGUGGUGGCUAGGGUCCUCUCUCACACACAAACAAAACACCACACAUCAUCUUUGCCGUUUGUAAACCAGCGAACAGCGCAGACAGGUUUUUCUCUGCAAAAGGCUGUCUUGCAGACUACACUCGAGAAGAGUUACGGAGUGGAGUCUACGUUUUGGACCCCCUACGACUUUGGUGUAUAGAAAACACAUUCUAAAAAGAGGAGCAGUGCAAUCAGUCGUGAAUCUCGGAUAUGUCGGGGGUGAAAAUAUUCAACCUUGUUGUUGGAGUUGUUUUAGUUUUGCAGUCUCUUGGAAAUGCGUUUCAAGUGCCUGGAGGAGACCUGACAAACGGGGUCUCCUACUCCUACCUGCAGGGGCAGCCGCUGGCUGAGGAGGACGUGGCAGUGGAUGUGAAGUUGUACAGUCACCGGUGGAGGAGGUGGCUGUCCCCAGAACAACCACAUAACAUGGACAAUAACAGGGCCAGCCAGGACCAGGAUCAGCAGGACCAAGACCAGAGUCAAGACCAGCCUGAGGGGAACUUCCCAGGCCUGCUCUCAGCAGAGGACAGCCAGGACACUGACAACAGCUCCCAGAUAGAGGAGGACACAGAUCACAACUACUACACAUCAAAGACCUACGGCCCCACGGACCCCAUGAGCAAGGACUUGUGGGUAAACGUUGACCAGAUGGACAAGGAGAAGGUGAAGAUCCAUGGCAUUUUGUCCAACACUCACAGGCAAGCUGCGAGAGUCAAUCUAUCCUUCGAUUUCCCCUUUUAUGGACAUUUUCUGCGUGAUCUCACCGUGGCAACUGGUGGGUUCAUCUACACGGGUGAUGUGGUCCACAGGAUGCUGACGGCCACCCAGUACAUCGCCCCCCUCAUGGCCAACUUUGAUCCCAGUGUCUCCAGGAACUCAACCGUCAUCUACUUUGACAAUGGCACUGCUCUGGUAGUCCAGUGGGACCAUGUCCACCUGCAGGACAGCUACAACCUGGGCAGCUUCACCUUCCAGGCCACACUGCACAGCGACGGCAGGAUCGUCUUCGCCUACAAAGAGAUCCCCAUCGAGGUGGCCCAGAUCAGCUCUGUCAAUCACCCGGUGAAGGUGGGCCUCUCCGAUGCCUUUGUGGUGGUCCACAGGAUCCAACAGAUUCCCAAUGUUCGUAGGAGAACGAUCUAUGAGUACCAUCGCGUGGAGCUGGCGAAGACCAAAAUCACCAACUCCACAGCAGUGGAAAUGAUGCCUUUACCGACAUGUCUCCAGUUCACCAGCUGUGGCAGCUGCAUCUCCUCCCAGAUCAACUUCAACUGCAGCUGGUGCCACCGCCUUCGCAGGUGUUCCAGUGGGUUCGACCGCCAUCGCCAGGACUGGGUGGAUAACAGCUGUCCCGAUGAGACCAAGGACAAAAGCUGUGAUAUCAUCAACACCACACAACUCUAUCCGUUCACCACCAUGUUAGUUGCCAAGACAACAGGCCGGAGCAGAGGAGAGACCACCACAGCCGGAGCCUCUUUGUCUACGUCCCUCUCCCCGACCAGCGUCCCCACUGAAGAUGACACCAAGAUUGCUCUGCAUCUCAAAGACAAUGGAGCGAUGCCAAAGGAGAGUUCUGCAGAACGGAAGGGCACACACCCACUGCACACUGGACUGAUCCUGGGCAUCCUCAUGGUCAUGCUCAUCAUGGCUGCCACAGUCCUGGUCACCGUCUACAUCUACCAUCACCCCACCUCGGCCGCAAGCCUAUUCUUCAUCGAGAGACGUCCCAGCAGGUGGCCGGCCAUGAAGUUCCGCCGAGGGUCCGGUCACCCAGCCUAUGCGGAGGUGGAGCCCGUGGGCCAGGAGAAAGAGGGCUUCAUCGAGUCUGAGCAGUGCUAAAGGGCAUCCCCCCCACCACACACACACACACACCCCGCCGUGCCGCUCUCCCCCCUCCCGUAAUUGCCCCCUUGCGCCUGCUCCACAGGCACUGACACACCAGUAUUGCCCCAGAAACAGGCCUUCCGAAUCUGCCAUACCCAUGGCGACUGAUUGACGCGGGUCUCUUGUUUUGUUGAUUAAAACACUCACUGUCAAGAUUGUAAACUUAAAUUAGAAAAUUGUGGAGGUGUUAAUUUGAAAAACCCACACUCUUGUUGGUUGUUGAAGAGUGGGCCUUGUGUUUGGUGGACUACCAUGGUGGACUACCACCUUCAACCCAAGCUUGUCCAACAGAGAGCUGAUCUGAGAGCUUAGGGAGGGUCACUGCCAGAGGGACUGUGCUGUAGGUAAACCUUGAAAACUGAUCUCAAGUCAGCUCUUCAUCCAAGUUCUCAAAGUCUCAUACUCGUGCUGGUUGAAGUGACUGACUGACUGACUUGUUGGGGACAGAGGAAAAGUAGCCACGUUUGUACCUGGUGCUAACAUGCGUCCUUUGUCCAGAUCUUGUCCACAUUUUGAUCGUGCCAACAUUUUAAGACAUGUGUAGAUGAUUAAAAGACACAUUGUGAUCUGAUUGUGAUCAGAUCUUCCUGACCACCUCCGGAGGUAGUCAGGCACGCAUUGUGUCUGGAUAUCAAUUAAGUGUAAACAGAUGUGGAUGGUCAAAACCAUUUGAAUCAUCAUAAUACCAGCCUUUAAAAUAAUUGACAGGUAUGAAAAUUGACUUAGGAGCUUCAGUACCUGUCUUAAAACAAAUCAUCCAUAUUAUUUUAAAGAAUAUCUGUCAAAUAAUUUGCAUACAGGGAGGCAUGAGCUAAUCUGGUCACAAUGCAGGCACAGUGGACAGAUAAGAGACACAUUUUAAUACUAUGUGUGGAGGCGAAAAAACCUUGAUCAGAUAGUGACUGGAUCAUAUUGAUCAGAUCACGAAACUCACGUGUUAGCACAAGGUGUAAACUAGGCUAUUGAAUGGGUUGUACAGAGUAACUGUGAUGCAUUGGGGGAGUAGGUGGAAUUAUACAAUAUAUUUUUCAGAAACAAUACUGAGUAUAUGAACAGAGAUCUCGACUUUAAAUGUUGGUGAGGUUAUAUAGACUUUACAUCCUUUUGGGAUUUUGCAAAUGUACUUUUUUCGUAUUUUGUUUCUGUUGCUUUUUUUUUACUUGGGUUUUCUCAUAAUCAGUGUGGGGGGUUUUGUCUUGCUUCCCACUACCACAAUAAGGCGUCUUUACCAUAGCUUACUCCAUAGUGUGGUUCAAUAGUGUGAUAUGCUCUUGCUACUGCCACUCAUCCCACCAAGGAGUAGCAGUCUGCAAGUCUGGAAAUGUUCAGUUCUGUCUCUUUUGAUCAGCUCUGGCAUCUCUUUUUUUUUUCAUUUUGUCAAAGAUUGUGUGGUUUUUGCUUACUGACAAAACCUCUGUUUUCCACGAUGGGGUGAUGGGAACACUCUUCUCUUGUCAUUGGUUUGAUUCCUCCCUCAUUAACAUAUGUUGUUGUUAUUCUUUUACAGUGAUUUCAGUACUGCCGUGCCAUUGUUUCCUUGACUGGAGUCUGCUCAAACAUUUUUUUGCACAAAAGGUUUUUCCAUGCACAUAUAUCUUUAGUUCAUUUGACUUGUGGUACUAAUGCAAAAUUGCAAGACAGGCGCUUGUGACUGUGUGCGGUUGUGUGUAUGCAUGGUCUAUAUGUGAGUGAGUGAGUGAGUGAGUGAGUGAGUGAGUGAGUGAGUGAGUGAGUGAGUGAGUGAGUGAGUGAGUGAGUGAGUGAGUGAGUGAGUGUUUGUGUGCGUGUUGUGUUUGUGUGAUUAGAUAUCCACCUGCUUGAAGGUGGGUGAGUUUGAGCUGGUUCUGUGUAAUUGAUGCUGAUUGGUUGACCUGAGGUACAUUAACAAGAUGUUAUGAGACGCGUUGGCGAUACAUUAAAAAACGUACCUGGCAUGAGUUUGCCUGGGUUUUGAAUUGUGGUAUACAGUGUGGUUUUCAAUAGCAGUUUGACCUGCUGCUGUUUGAACCUGAAGAAGAAUCUAAAUUGUACAGGACUGGAGGAUUCGUGUUAUAUGGAGUGAGAUAUCUGCCGAAACGUUAAACGAACGUAAUGUUAGAGUCAAAAAUACAUUUUUUGGGGAGAUCUCUAACCUCCAUAAUGUUCCAAGUCAAUAUGAAUGGAUGACUAGUACAUGCCAUUUAAACCUAGCAUAGCAAUGUAUAUACAUGGGCCUACACCUUUGUAGAUUGACUCUCAAAACAUUUGCAGAUUCGGGUUAUUACUGAAAAAGCAUACAUAUGAUAUAUUAUAUUACUAUUUUGUUUUUCAUUUUGAGUGGCCUUCUCAAUUUUUUUUUUUUUUUUUUUUUUCAAAUGUGAAUUAAUGUAUCAAUCAUUGCAUAACUGCUGUUGCUGGUCGAUAUAACGGACAAGGCUUUCAUACAUUGAUCAAAUCAAACAAAAUGAUGAUUUUUGUUUCUUCAUACUUAUGAUUUGUAUACUGUACCAAGACCGACCGAACAAAUACAAUGGAAUGUAUUUCACCGUCAAUUGUAGAUUGAGCUGGGAAAUAUGCCUUGGGUUACAAUGGUACAUACACACGGUACUAUUUAGAAUGACAAAUAAAUAGAUUAUACAAAAUA